CCCCGACGCCCUCUUUCCGACUAUUUCCCGCCACUUUCUCGCUCCGCUCUUCAGUCCGCGUGCACCUCCCCGCAGCCGCUCCCGCCGAUCGGCGCGCCCGUCGAGCUCCGGAGAAGAUGCUGUGGGUCGACAAGUACCGCCCGAAGGCGCUGGACCAGGUGAUCGUCCACGAGGACGUCGCUCAGAAUCUCAAGAAGCUGGUGUCGGAGCAGGACUGUCCCCAUUUGCUCUUCUACGGGCCCUCCGGCUCCGGCAAGAAAACCCUAAUCAUGGCCCUCCUGAGGCAGAUGUUCGGGUCCAGCUCCGAGAAGGUCAAGGUGGAGAAUAAGACUUGGAAAAUUAAUGCUGGAACGAGAAAUAUUGAUAUAGAGUUGACCACAUUAUCAAGUACCCAUCAUGUUGAAAUGAACCCGAGUGAUGCAGGCUUUCAGGACCGUUACGUUGUUCAGGAGAUUAUUAAAGAAAUGGCCAAAAACAGACCAAUAGACACGAAAGGGAAAAAAGGAUUCAAAGUUCUGGUGCUUAAUGAGGUUGACAAACUCUCAAGAGAAGCUCAACAUUCUCUAAGGAGGACAAUGGAGAAGUAUAGUGCAUCAUGCCGACUGAUCCUUUGCUGCAACAGCUCAUCAAAAGUUACUGAAGCCAUUCGUUCUCGCUGUCUGAAUAUACGAAUAAAUGCACCACGAGAAGAUCAGAUUGUUAAGGUAUUAGAAUUUAUUGCAAAGAAGGAAAAUCUGCAACUUCCUGCUGGAUUUGCCGCUCGCAUUGCAGAAAAAUCAAAUCGCAGUUUAAGAAGAGCAAUACUUUCCUUUGAGACUUGUCGAGUACAGCAGUACCCUUUCACCAUAAACCAAGCGAUAUCUCCAAUGGAUUGGGAGGAGUACGUUUCUGAGAUAGUAUCUGACAUUAUGAAGGAACAGAGCCCAAAAAGGCUAUUCCAGGUUAGAGGGAAACUUUAUGAGCUGCUCAUCAACUGCAUUCCUCCAGAAAUCCUUCUGAAGGUAAAAGUGCACUUCUCGAAUCAUUUGUGUCUUCACCAUGUUAUAUCUACUCCUGUUUCCUUGCAGAGGCUGCUGCACGAUUUACUGAGAAAACUGGAUGCAGAAUUAAAGCAUGAGGUCUGCCACUGGGCAGCCUACUAUGAACAUAGGAUGAGGCUUGGGCAGAAGGCCAUAUUCCAUCUUGAAGCAUUUAUAGCCAAGUUCAUGAGCAUAUAUAAAGCUUUUCUGAUUGCAACUUUUGGCUGAGGAUGCUUGGGUUGUGCAACAGUGGAUUCUGCUAUUGAACAGAGGGGAGACAAGUGUAAAUUGAUUUUGGCUUUAUGGACUUCAAUUCAGAGUUUGGCAAACAAUUGCCAGGAUGCAGAGUCGUGAUGGAGAUGUUUGCAAAUUUUAGUUCUCAGGAGUGCCUGCUCUCUUGUUUAAGGUCUCUCUCUUUUUUUUUUUUUUUUUAUUUUAUCAUUUUGUCAUCUUUUUGACUAGUUCAAGCUUUGUGCGGAAAUCCCUAUGAACAUCUCAUCUUCCUUGUCUUAUUGAUAAAUUGUGCUUGAUCGCCUUCUGGCCAUCGGGAAGAGUGGCUAUAGAGCCUAUCCAGAAAGCUUCAAUGAAUGGUUUUCUAACUGCCACAUUGACAUUGA